AGUCAGCACCAUAAACCCAUAUCAGUCAGAUACAAAAAAUUGGGGUAGUUAAGCCAUGAGUUGUGGAAACGAGUUCGUGGAAACAUUAAAAAAAAUUGGUUAUCCCAAAGCUGAUAUUCUUAAUGGAGAAGAUUUUGACUGGUUGUUUGAGGCCACUGAAGAUGAAUCAUUUUUGAAGUGGUUUUGUGGGAAUGUGAAUGAACAGAACGUAUUGUCCGAAAAAGAAUUGGAAGCUUUUAGCAUCCUUCAAAACUCAGGCAAGCCCAUCCUAGAAGGAGCAGCAUUGGACGAAGCUCUUAAAACCUGUAAAACUUCUGAUUUGACUACACCUAGACUGGAUGACAAAGAGCUAGAGAAAUUGGAGGAUGAAGUUCAAACUCUGCAGAAAUUAAAGAACCUAAAAAUUCAGCGACGUAAUAAAUGCCAGUUGAUGGCUUCAGUAACUAGUCACAAAUCUCUGAGAUUAAAUGCUAAAGAAGAAGAAGCCACUAAAAAGCUGAAGCAGAGUCAAGGAAUUCUGAAUGUUGUGAAUACUAAGAUCAAUAAUGAACUUCAGGCUCUUACUGAUGGAAUUACGAAAUUGAUGAUGUUCUUCAAACAUUCUAAUUUAGGUCAAGGGACAAAUCCACUGGUAUUUUUAUCUCAUUUUUCCUUGGAAAAAUAUCUAAGCCAGGAAGAGCAAAGCACAGCAGCAUUAACCUUAUAUACCAAAAAACAGUUCUUUCAAGGUAUACAUGAAGUAGUAGAAAGUUCAAAUGAAGAAAAUUUUCAGCUUUUAGAUAUUCAAACACCAUCUAUUUGUGAUAAUCAAGAAAUCUUUGAGGAGAGACAACUGGAAAUGGCUAGGCUGCAGCUAGCAUAUAUUUGUGCUCAACACCAGUUAAUUCAUUUGAAAGCAAGUAAUUUGAGCUUGAAAUCAAGUGUAAAAUGGGCAGAGGAGAAUCUUCACAGCCUAACCAGCAAGGCUGUUGGCAAAGAAAAUUUGGAUGCUAAAAUUUCUAGCUUGAACAGUGAGAUUCUGAAACUUGAAGAACAAAUCAUUCAUAUAAAAGACAAAAGUUUGCCUGCUGUGGUAAGAGAGAAUGCCCAAUUAUUGAAUAUGCCAGUUGUAAAGGGAGAUUUUGAUUUGCAGAUUGCUAAACAAGAUUAUUAUACAGCAAGACAAGAGUUAGUAUUAAAUCACUUGAUAAAGCAAAAGGCGUCAUUUGAACUUCUACAGUUAUCAUAUGAAAUUGAAUUGAGAAAGCAUUGGGAUGUAUAUCGUCAGCUUGAAAAUUUGGUUCAAGAACUUGGUCAAAGGAACAAGAUGCUCUACCAGAGAUUGGAAAUGUUAACAGAUCCGUCAGUCUCUAAGCAGAUAAAUCCAAGGAAUACCAUUGAUACCAAGGACCAUUCUACUCAUAGACUUUAUCAACUUCUAGAGGGAGAGAAUAAGAAAAAAGAAUUGUUUAUAACCCAUGAAAACCUACAGAAAAUGGCUGAGAAAUUGAAACAGGAUGUUUCCUUAGUACAAGAUCAAUUGGGAAAGUCUGCUCAAGAACAUUCUUUCUUUCUGUCCAAACUGAAUAAUGAUGUGGACAUGCUUUGUGAUGCUUUGUAUCAAGGAGGGAAUCAGCUUUUGCUUAGUGAUCAGGUGUUAAUGGAGCAGUUUCAUCAAGUUGAAUCUCAACUGAAUAAGCUAAAUCAUCUCCUUUCUGAUAUUCUUGCUGACGUGAAAACAAAAAGAAAAAUUUUGGCAACUAAUAAAUUGCAUCAAAUGGAAAGAGAAUUAUAUGUAUAUUUUUUUAAAGAUGAAGAUUAUCUGAAAGAUAUCGUGGAGAAUUUAGAAAACCGAUCAAAGAUUAAUGCUGUUCAAGACUGAAAAUUACUAAAAGCCAAAUCUUUACUACACCUGCAAUGUUUUAAUAUUCUACAAGUUAGGAGAAUAUAUCUAAUAAACACUACCAAAUUUUUUAAUUUGAGGUCAAUGGAACAUUUUAUUUAAUAAAUUUUAAGUAUUAUAUCAGUUCAGUUUUUUCCUCAUAAGUCAUGUUUGUUGUACCAGUGCUUUAUAUGACUUGGACAUUUGCUAGUGGUACUUAGUCCUGGUAAAUUUUUACUUAUAGGAAAAAAGCAUUAUUAUAUAAUGCAGGUAUUUUUUUAAUACAAUUAUAUCUCUUCUUUACUAUUUUUUAUUAGAAGUAGUAAUUCUCUUAAAUUUUUUUUAAAUGUAUAGAAAUUUUGAGUCAGCAUUUUUAAAUUUGUGGACAUUAAUGUAUGAAAUAGUCAAGUCCCCUCAUAUUUAACUGUAAAGUAAAAUUCUGCUGCUCAAACAUUUCUUCAUAAUUCCCUGCUGUAGACUUUGAGACUCUUUGAAUGUUCCUUCUUGCACCACAGAGUGUGUGUCAGGUUUCCACUGGCCAUUGUUCAUUUUAGGGGCUGGGUUCUGGGGACUCAAAAGUUUCUGCAGGACGUAUCUCAGUGUGCUUUUACUUUAGUGUGACUUGUACAUCAUAAAUGACUUUCAAAUAAAAUUUGAGUUUCAAAAUGUCA